AUGCCGCCAAAACUUCCAACUCAGACCCUCCACACCCUAAAAACACAUAACGGGCCCGUCAAUGCCGUGACUUUCUCCAGCUCCCCCGGCACAUACCUGCUGACGGGGUCUUCAGACCGCGCCGUUCAUCUUUCGCGCGCGGUGCCUACCAAUUCCGACAGCUUGACGGUCCCGGAAACGACCUCCCCGAUCCAACGGUAUGAAGCGCAUGGGUAUUCAGUUCUGGACGUAGCCGUCACCGCCGACAAUGCGCGCUUCGCCAGCGUGGGAGGCGACCGCCAGGUAUUUUUGUGGGAUGUCGAGCAAGGAGCCACGACCAGGAGAUGGGGUGGACAUAAUGCCCGGGUAGAAGCUGUUCAAUUCGCGGGCGAAGGUGACGCGGUAGUCGUCACCGGCAGCGCAGACACGACCAUUAAUCUCUGGGACGCCCGUUCCAAUGCCCACAAGCCCAUCCAGACACUCACGGAGGCGAGUGACACCGUCUCGAGUCUCCACGUGCACAUGUCGACAUACUCGAUCGCCAGCGGGAGCUACGAUGGCCAUGUACGUGUAUACGAUGUUCGCAUGGGGAAAACAACCGUCGACGUGCUUGCGCAUCCGGUAACGAGCGUCCGUUGUUCGGCGGAUGGAAAUACAGUAUUGGUUUCCACGCUGGAUAACCACAUUCGGUUGCUGGACCGAGCAGACGGAAAUCUGCUUGCUGCCUUUGGUGAGCCAGCAAAGCGGGAAGAACGGCCUUCGCUUGGCCUCGGUGGCAUGACAAGACCUCGUCACACCUAUCGGAACACCGAGCUACGAGUUCGUUCGGUACUUGCCAAGGGCGACGCAGUGGUUCUGAGUGGAAGUGAAGGUGCACAGAGCAAUGCGGUCGGCCUCGGAGCAGCCGUUUUUGCCUGGGAUGUGCUGAGUGGAGAAAUGAUUGCCACGGUGCCGAUGGGGGAGAAGGUCAAGGCCGUGAGUUGUGUGGCGUGGAAUGAGAAAGGAGGCUGCUGGGCGGGUGCAUGCUCUGAUGGUAAGAAGGGAAGCAUUCCCCAAAGGUUACUGGUUAUAUUAACAACCGUUCAAGGAACUGUCCGAGUUUAUGGCUGA